GAUCGAGAUGUUUAUGUCAUUAAACCUUUCAAUGAGUUUUUCAAAUACGAAAUGACUAUUGAUUUUGAGAGUCAGAAUACGUUGGGAAGUCAAGUGCUAAUAGGCCAUAAAAACGCCAGAUUUUUGCGAUUAUGUUACGAGACGUUCCGGGACUACGAUCCCACCAAAUGGUACGUUAAUAUUGGCGAACGCCCGGUGCUCAACGUUAUCAACAAACAGCCGCAUCUCAUACACAGAAUGGACGGACAGUUUGGGGUCAGACCUAAUGUCUGUCAUAUGCUUUACGCUAUAUAUGACAAGAAUUGGCGGAAUAGUUAUCCAAAACCCCCGGCCUUUAACGCAUACAAUGAGACAACUGUGUGGACAGUGGACACGACAUUCAGUUAUAUGUGUCGAGAUGUACUUCAAUUUGAACAAAAUGUGUUAAAAUGA